AUGUGGCUUAAAGUGAAAGGUUUUGUGGCCCAAGUGAAACAAUGGUGGCACUCCUAUGUGUUUCAUGGUACACCGAGUUUUGUUUUUGCUUGCAAGCUCAAGGCCCUGAAGUUGAAUUUGAAGAUUUGGAAUGAGGAGGUGUUCGGCAACAUUGAUAGGAAUAAGAUGAUGCUUCUUGAAGAGCUUCAGUUGUUGGACGUGAAUGAAGAAAGUAGGGCUUUGGAGGAGGGGGAGGUUAUGAGGAAGGUGGAAGUGGUUCGAGAGCUAGAGAAUUGCAUGCUUAUGAAGGAGAAGAAGCCUCAUAAAGCAGUUCAAUCGAAAGUGAAUGCAACUACUUGGUCUGGCCUCUAUACAUUCUCAAAGGCGGAGAUCGAGAAUGCCUUAAAUUUUGGCAAUGAAAAAAUAUGCCUUUGGUGGGGAAGUGCUGGCCGUGUCUAUAAAGGUGUUCUUCCCAGUGGGCAAGUGGUGGCCAUCAAGCACAUAAAUAAGAGCAACAUCUCCGAUUCGUUUAAAAGGGAAGUUGACAAUCUUUCAAGGGUUCGGCAUCCAAACCUAGUUUGUCUCUUUGGUUGCUGCGUCGAAGAUGGCGAGCAAUAUCUUGUGUAUGAAUAUUGUCCAGCAGGCAACUUAGCUCAACAUCUCUUAAGAAAAGAUACCCUUUUAACAUGGGAUAUAAGAGUUAGGAUUUUAAGAGAUUGUGCGCUUGCACUGAGGUAUCUUCACCAUUACAUAGAUGGCUGCAUUGUUCACAGAGAUAUUAAGCUUACGAACAUCCUUUUGAGUGACAAGUUGGAACCCAAGCUAUCUGAUUUUGGUUUGGCAAGACUGUUGGGGAUGGAAGAGACCAAAGUAUUCACUGAUGUGAGAGGAACUAUAGGCUAUAUGGAUCCAGAAUACAUGAGCAAUGCCAAAUUAACAUGUGCUAGUGACAUUUAUAGUUUUGGCAUUGUUGCUCUACAACUUCUAUCAGGACGAAAAGUAAUCGAAUUAGAUCUUGAUGCUAGAGAUCAACUGACAAGAAUGCAAUUUGGACAGAUAAUAUGA